AAGUCUGCUCAAAAAUCAUCCCGAUCACGAAUAGGUUUCCGAACAUACUUGUGCUUUCUCAUUGGUUGAAGUUGACACUUAUCUUUGAGUGUGAUUCAUACGUCAAAGUACCUAAGCAAUAUUUUACCGAAGUCCGCACCCUUUUAAGCUCUAAAUUUCAUAUCUAUUUAUUUUUUAUUCUUUAAAAAUAUAAGUAACAGUGUCGCAAUGGGAGACCAUUUGCCUGCUUGUGUCAUCGAUGUGGGUACCGGCUACACCAAGCUGGGGUUCGCCGGCAACAAGGAACCUCAGUUUAUCAUUCCGUCAGCCAUAGCGAUAAAGGAAACGGCGAAAGUCGGCGAUCAGAGUACCAGGCGCAUGACGAAAGCGGUCGAGGACUUGGAUUUCUUCAUCGGCGAUGAAGCGUUCGACGCGACGGGGUACUCGGUGAAGUAUCCCGUGCGCCACGGGCUUGUGGAGGACUGGGACCUCAUGGAGCGUUACAUAGAGCAAUGUAUUUUUAAGUAUCUCCGCGCUGAGCCUGAAGAUCAUCAUUUCUUGCUCACCGAGCCGCCGCUAAACACGCCGGAGAAUCGUGAAUAUUUGGCAGAGAUUAUGUUUGAGUCAUUUAAUGUGCCAGGGUUGUAUAUCGCCGUGCAAGCGGUGUUAGCGCUCGCUGCGUCGUGGAAGUCGCGUACGUCAGCCGAACGCACUUUCACGGGUAUUGUAGUCGACAGCGGCGAUGGCGUCACCCAUAUAGUGCCUGUAGCUGAAGGAUAUGUCAUUGGAUCAUGUAUCAAACACAUCCCUAUAGCUGGUAGGAACAUUACCUCAUUCAUCCAGUCACUCCUGCGUGAGCGCGAGGUAGGCAUCCCACCGGAACAGAGCUUAGAAACGGCAAAAGCUAUUAAGGAGAGAUACAGCUACAUUUGCCCCGAUAUUGCCAAAGAGUUUGCCAAAUAUGACAGUGACCCAGCAAAGUGGAUGAAGAAGUACUCAGGCACAAAUGCUAUUACUAAGAAUCCGUUUAGUGUAGAUGUUGGUUACGAGAGAUUCCUGGGACCAGAGAUUUUCUUCCACCCUGAGUUUUCUAAUGCAGACUUCACUGUGCCGUUGAACGAGAUGGUUGAUGAUGUCAUUCAAAACUGCCCUAUUGAUGUGAGGAGAGGUCUGUAUGGAAACAUUGUGUUGUCUGGUGGUUCAACUAUGUUCCGAGACUUUGGUAGGAGACUGCAGCGUGACAUUAAGCGCACAGUAGACGCAAGACUGAAACUCUCAACUAUGCUCUCUGAGGGCCGGAUCACGCCUAAGCCUAUUGAUGUGCAGGUGAUCUCUCACAACAUGCAGAGAUAUGCGGUCUGGUUCGGAGGAAGUAUGUUGGGAUCAACCCCUGAGUUCUACCAGGUGUGCCACACUAAGCAGGCUUAUAUGGAGUAUGGUCCGAGCAUCUGCAGGCACAACCCUGUCUUUGGAACCAUGACAUAAUGCGCUCAAACACAUGAAAUUACAGUAAAAUAAUGUAUUAUCA